AUGCAGCUCUCGCACCUCUUCGCCACGGCGUUCCUUUUCGGCCUCACCGUGGCCAUCCCGAUUGCGGCCCCGCAGCACGAUCACGGAACCGCUACUAGUACUACGGCUCCGAUGAUUCCUCCAACCACUUCGGGCACCCCGGCUACUCCUGACACUCCUCCGGCGACUUUACCGCCGGCUAUCUCUGGUGCUGCUGGUAGCACUGGUGGGCUUGGUGGCCUCGGCGGACUGGGUGGAGGGAACAGCGGCUUGGGCGGGCUGAGCGGCCUCGGCGGAGGGAAUGGAGGAACCGGUGGCCUGGGCGGACUGAGUGGCCUCGGCAGUGGUAGUGGAGGAACCGGGGGUCUGGGCGGCCUAAGUGGCCUCGGCGGAAGUACUGGAAGCGGCGGCCUCGGUGGGCUGAGUGGUCUCAGCAGUGGUAGUGGAGGGACCGGAGGUUUAGGCGGCUUGAGCGGCGUCGGGGGAGGAAGUGGAGGAACUGGCGGCCUGGGCGGGCUGAGCGGUCUCGGCGGAAGUAGUGGAAGCGGUGGCCUCGGCGGGCUGAGUGGGCAGAGUGGUCUCGGCGGAGGUAGCGGAGGAAGCAGCGGGCUGAGCGGCCUGCUUGCGGGCCUUGGCGGUGGAUCGAGGACCGAGGAGAAAAAGUAAUGAAAUCAAAUCGUCUGUCAGGAAUAUUUUGUUGUUCUUAUUGGGUCUUUGGUUGUUGGUUUGAUACCCGCAACCUGUACAGUAGCUUUCGAAAGUUCCAUGAAUGAAAUCACCAAGAAUGGAAGGCCCGUGAAUUGUGGUCGUGCG